AUGGGGGCUUACUCGUUCUCCAGGAUCUUUGGUGAGUUUCUUUGUCGAGUCAACAAUCAAGAAGCUAUUAGUCUUAGGUAUAACACCGAUGGAUGGGUCUUGAUUUACGUAGAAGCUAGGGAUGGAGCUCCUAUGUAUUACGUUGGAAACCCUUUGUCACAAGAAUGGUUUCAAAUCCCGCUCUCUCCUUUACUUUAUCGCCAAGAUCUUGUGAAAUUAUGGAGGUACGAUAGUUUCAACGAUAUUGGAUUGGUUACAAAAAUUCAUAGUGGUGUUGUUGUGAGUUACAAGGUUGUGUGGAUGAUCACUCGCGAUGCUACUAAAGUCGAUUUUGCGAUUUACUCAUCUGAUAUACACAAGUUGAUUGCUUUGAAUGAGAUUCUCCUCUGGGAUUCAAAUAUCAACAGUUCUUUUGUAGCCUACGACUUCUAUGGUGGUCAUGCUGCUGCUGCUGAUGGGUGUUGUGCCGUAUAUUUCCCUGAUAGUGGACAAGAUUAUGACAUACCGCGUUUUAGGAGAACAAUCACAACCUCGGAAGGGUCUAUUUUGUAUAUCAACGAGUUCCGCGAGAAUGAUGAUUGA